AUGGCACCGCCCCCACGGCUUCCGCCUCGGACCCAGAAGUCCCCCCGCGACGCCGGAAGUCCCUCGGCCUUACUUCCGCAGAGCCGGCCCCCUCCCCGACGCGGAGCGAGCGCCUUGGUUCCGGCCCCGGGCGGGCGGCGGCAGGGUUCUCCGAGAGCCGCGGAGCGCUGUCGCGGGCGCACUGCGCCCCCGGACGCGGGCGCCGGAAGCUCGGGCGGCGACUGCUCCCGCCGAGCGCCGGGCUGCGCGCGAGGCCCGCGCGGGGCCAUGAACGGCACCGUGAACCCGCUGCUGGACCGCGAGGAGCACUGCCUGCGGCUCGGGGAGAGCUUCGAGAAGCGGCCGCGGGCCUCUUUCCACACCAUUCGCUAUGAUUUUAAGCCAGCAUCCAUAGACACUUCCUGUGAAGGAGAGCUCCAGGUUGGCAAAGGAGAUGAAGUCACAAUUACAUUGCCACACAUCCCUGGAUCCACACCACCAAUGACUGUGUUCAAGGGGAACAAGCGGCCUUACCAGAAAGACUGUGUGCUCAUUAUUAACCACGACACGGGGGAGUAUGUGCUGGAGAAGCUCAGUAGCAGCAUUCAGGUCAAGAAAACGAGAGCUGAGGGGAGCAGUAAAAUUCAGGCCCGAAUGGAGCAGCAGCUCACCCGGGCCCCACCACUGCCACCACCCCCGCCGCCACCACCCCCACCACCACCUAUGCCGUUCAGAGCUCCCAUGAAGCCGCCAGCUGGGCCCAAGACUUCUCCCUUGAAGGAUAACCCCUCACCUGAGCCUCAGCUGGAUGACAUCAAAAGAGAGUUGAGGGCCGAGGUGGACAUCAUUGAGCAGAUGAGCAGCAGUGGCAGCAGCUCCUCGGACUCGGAGAGCUCCUCGGGCAGCGACGAGGACAGCUCCAGUAGCGGCGGGGAGGAGCGUGGCCCGGCGUCCCCCGCUCAGCCUUCACACCAGCAGCCCUACAGCAGCAGGCCCGCCAUGGCCAACGGGACCAGCCGGCCCCAGGGAAGCAACCAGCUCAUGAACACCCUCAGAAAUGACUUGCAGUUGAGUGAAUCUGGCAGUGACAGCGAUGACUAAGAGCCAUGCCUUUCGGGAUCUACUUUGUGGUGCACAAACAUGCUACAGGACGGGGCUGCUUUCGCUUGGAGGCUGCUGCCCCGAGGCAGCCGCUGUGGGCGGUGACUGAGGCCGGAGUGUGGGGUCCUAUGGCUUGCAGACACUCAAGUCCUGAACUUAGAGGUGGCGGGUGAUUUCCUCAUGUACCCUGUGGGUAAGCUCGUGUUUCGGAGUUUAACUAGAUCUAUAGAAGAACUAGAAGUUCUAUUUCCAACCAGUGAACCUUGGUCAUGAACCACACAGACAACUCUGCAGUGGUCUCGGUUACUCAACCCGGGACCCGCCACACCAGCCACUCGGUUCCCAGCCUCACCAGCCACCAUUGGGUCUCCCCAGUGAAGUGAAAUACAGCCUUGGGUGUGGGGGCAGGGAGGGAGGGAGGGAAGCUCAAGUGGCAACAUACAAAUAUGUUAAAACCACUUUGGUGACACCGACAAUCCUGUGUAGGGCUGGAUUGAGAGGAGAGGUCAGCUGGGCAGAGCCCAGAAACCUGCUGGGGCCCUCACAUGUGGGAGAGCUGGGCUCUUAUGACUCUUCUGCCCCCAGUCCUGGCCUUUCCCCCGGCUCCCCUGGAGUUUCACUUGCUGGCACCCGAGGUUCGUCUACAUUUGGAAUUUUUUUUCUGAUUUCCGAAAGGCAAAAGGGUUGGAUCUUUCCAGCUUGAACUUAGAUUGAGACAGUCCCUGCAGGUGUUAGCUGAGCGAGCCAGUUGCUGGUUUGUGUGGCCUGGCUGACUUGGGGCUGCCUUUCUGGAUAGGUCUUUUCUCAGGGUCCCUCCUCCAGUGGGCUUGAGGGAGCGCAGCCAGAGGGAGCGUAAGCAAGGUGUAGGGAAGAAGCCUGUGAGCGGAUGGACCAGCAGCCGGUUUCCCAAAAUGAGACUCUAGGUGGGAGUUCUGCGAAGGAAGCGAGCACACUCCCUGACCAGGUGGUGUUUCUGGUGGUGCCUCUGUGCCCCUGUGCCCUGACCCCAAGACAGGUGGUGGGUGUUUGGACAACUUGAACACAGUCACAGGCUUGCCUUUUGCUGCGUGUAGUUUUAGGCUGAGUGUGGUUGCUAGUAAACCUUUCAUGUUGGAUGACUGUGUGCUAAAUCAUUAGUAGAGAGUGUCCCAGAUCAGUAGUCUGAACGGCUGCGUCCUGAGAAAUUUCUGUCCACUUUGGUUCAGUGGACUUCGAGACAUUAAAACAGAUUCUCCUUCCUGCGCCCCUCCCUCCCCACCUGUGGAGAGGGAAGCCAGUGGCCUGCGACAGGGACUUUGUUGGACUUACACCUUACAGCGUCCACUCUGUUUCAUUCACGUGGUGACUGGUCCCAGGGGCUGGACCCAUGGGUGAGGCCCAGGGACCCAUUGUCCAGCUCCCCACUCACUGCUAGUGGAGGUCAGUGGCCCCUCUCUGGGGUGUUAGAGUUCAUAGGCUGUAGGAAGUUACUUAUAAAGAAUUGGUCAUUGAUUCUUAAUUCCUUGGUAAUGAGGAGCCCUCAGGGAAGUGGCAAGGAGACUUGAAUUGUUACGGGUGGGGGAAUUGCUUCGCUGUGCAUAACUUGCUCAAGCUGGGGCAGGUUCUGGGAACUUGAACUAAAAAUAAUCUUAUUUAAGCUUCCCUCUCUGUUUUUUCCUUUUCUCCCCCAAACCCCUGAUGGAGUAGACAGAACUGUGGACUUGGGGCUGUGGGGUCAUGAUGGCUUGUGGAGGACACGCUGGCCUGGGCCCAGGACCCCCCUGCUAUGUUCUCCCCGCCCCAGCCCUGGCCCUGCACGGCUCCCUCCACAGCUGCAGGGCUCCCUGCACACAGCACUCACAGUUCCUUCUGCACCCACCACGGAAGGGAUCUCUUUGAGUUCAAGAACUGGGCUUUGCAAGCUGCUUUUCAUGAGGACCCUUGGGCCAGCCACACUGGCCUCCUUGUUCUUGCCGCCCUGGGCUACCCACCUUUCGGGCUAUAUCAGCCUGCGGGAACCCCUGCUUGGUGCUCCCCUUCUCUGCCCCCAGACUCCGUAGGUGCUGUUCUCACGGCUUCUUCCAUUUCCCUCACCCACGUCGAGUGCCUGGGUGCACAUCCUCUUGCUUGAAUGAAUGCCUGAAACGCAGGCUGUCUUUCUCAGCUCGACCAGAACUAGAGAGAGUGCUGGAGUGGACAUCAGGUGCCUGUGGCCUGGGGGAGAGGUGGGGCCAGCACACACUCCCUCGCGGUGGCACAAAGCACAGGCAGAGAGCUGAGAGAGACCAGACCCUGCAUUUGGAGACAGCUGAAAUGGAUCCUAGCUAAAGAUAGACCCUGAAUCUCGUGAAUUAGUAAAAUUGUAUAACACCUCUUCCCACCUUUUCCCCCUUUGUGUUGUCUGCCAUUCUGUGGGCUGUGGAGACUUACGUCUGGUUUGCCCAGGGCCAUGGUAAGCCACAGACGGAGAAACGUACUACAAACUACCGAGAUCUGUAGCAGUGCCAUCCUUUGAUUCGUUUCUGUAACAGACGCAUUUUCCUGUGUGCAUCUGGUGAAUUUCUGUGUGCUUCGGUGGUGGGAAAACUUGAGAAUUCCGUAUGAGAGAGGCCGGCUCAGUAGGAUGUGUGUGUGUGAGGUAUUUAUUGCAUUGUUUUGAAAGAGAAGUAGUUUAUUCUGUGGACAGGUAUUAGGUACAGCCAACUUGAUUUUUCCCUUUGGCAAGGAAGGUAGGGCUCCCAAAACUCGGGCCUGACCCGGUAGGCUGGAAGGCACGGCCAAGUGAAGCGUCAGGACGUAAGUGUUUUUGUUGCUCUUGUCUUGGUUUUUCUGUCUUGUUAACAAUCUUGGGUCUUCUGCCUAAAACUUCUGUUUCGCUUAAUUAUGAAGUAGACAAGCAUGUUUACAUUUAUGUAAAAUAUUUUUGCUGUGUAACGUUUGGGGUGUUUUGGUUCUCUUAAAGAUCACCAUAUUUAAAUAAAAACGAAGGUCAGCAAUACA